AUGGAUUUGCCGAGCGAAUCGCCUUACUCGGAUGACGUGAAAACUGCCAAUGAGUUCGACCCCAAAGACUACAGAGGAGAAGACGUUAGACCAAAAGAGCCACCAGAGAUGGAUUUACCGAACGAAUCGCCUGACUCGGAUGACGUGAAAGCUGGCAAUGAGUUCGGCCUCAAAGACUAUGGAGGAGAAGACGUUAGUCCAAAAGAGCCGAGCUACGUGGUCGUGAAAGAUAGGGAAGAUGGAAAACCACGCGGAUUGCCCUGCAACUCUGACAGAAAUCUCUCGUUGGCAACUCUAUCGCAUACGUUUCCUGGGGCCACUGGGUUGGAGUUCAAAGAUCCGAAGGCGGAAGCGAGUCGGGUUGUUAUGUUUGAUUCAGCUCGCUCAUUGUUUAUGUGCCCUGCAGACGGAUGGAAAAAUCAAAUAUUUACAGCAAUUUAUCCACGACCACCACCACCACAACCAGGAGUGAUCCGAAUCACGUUGAUGCCCGAGGGAAUCGUGGUGAAGGAGAGCAACAUAUCUUUGUCAGAAAAUGUGAUAACACAGGAGGCUGUCAAAAAUCUGUUUUCCCUCCCUCCGACUUCGAUCCUUAAGUUGCGUUAUGGUGAGAAUGAAGGGGCGAAAUGGUGCGAUUUGGAUUCAACUGGCUCGUUUUUGCUUCCUGAAGGCUGGUCAACUAUGGAGUUCUUUGUCGACUCUCGUUUACCACCACCACCACCACAACCACGAGUGAUCCGAAUCAAGUUGAUGCGCGAGGGAAUCGUGGUGAAGGAGCACAAAGUACCUUUGUCGGGAAAUGUGAUAACACAGAACACUGUCAAAAGUGUGUUUCUCCUCCCUUCGACUUCAAUCGUUGCUUUGCGUUAUGGUGAUAAUGAAGAGGCAAAAUGGUGCAAUUUGGAUUCAACUGGCUCGUUUUUGCUUCCGGAUGGCUGGCCAAGUAUGGAGUUCUUUCUCGAUUCUCCUUCGCCACCACCACCACCACCACAACCACAAAGU